AUGGCUUUACCAAUAUUAGAGAUUACCGGCACGGUUUUUGUCGCAAUUUUUAUUUAUAAUAUUAUCUCAACAUAUACAUCGCCCCUAUCCAAGAUCCCCAGCGCAGGUUUCGGUGCAGCAUUUUCAAGACUGUUAUGGACAUUUCCGCAGGAGUAUAAAGGCGCCAUCACCCUCACACUACCCGAGCUACAUAAGAAACUUGGCCCUCUGAUUCGUAUCGGUCCAAACGAAGUCUCGUUUUACUCGCGCGAGACAUAUGAAACGGUUCACAAGGUCGGAAGUAAAUUCAAGAAAGACCCCAGGGUCUAUGGACAAUUCGUACAAGGCGGCCAUGCGGCUCUAUUUUCUAUAACAGACCCGGUAGAGCAUUCCAAGCGAAGGAGGAUCAUGGCACAGCUCUUCUCCCGAAGCAAGGUCCCGCAGCUGGAGAAAAUAAUUUCCCAUCAUGUCAUGAGAUUUAUCGACAAGAUCAGAAAUAACGAUUCGAUUGUUGAUUUGAGUGUCGCUUCUCGGUCUCUCGAAGCAGAUAUUAUGUCCGACUUUUCCUUCGGCACAACAAUCAAUGCCCUGAAUUCUUGGGCUAGCGGAGAACAGCUGGCGAUGGUGGAGAAGAAUGACGAAAAGGCAACUUGGAUGCCUGUCCUUACUAAUUUCCCUAUGUUGUGUGGAUUUUGGGAACACGCUGAGCAGAGCCUGCAUACUUUGACCGGUUUUAGAACAAAGUAUUCUCAAGGCCUGUUUGACUUUCACAAUUGGACUCGAAAAUCAUGGCAGGCAGCACUCUCCACAGAGUCAGACUAUGGCACAUCCAUUAGCUCUCCAAACCUCAUACAAACGCUAUGCAACGCCGGGCUACCGGCUGAAACUGCCUUAUCAGAGGCGGGAGAGAACCUCGGCCCAGGAACAGACACGACUUCUGCAACACUAGCUCAUAUUCUUUGGGCUCUUGCGCAUAAUCCCACCUUCCAAGACGCUCUGUAUCAGGAUCUAGCCAGUGUUGACUUUUCAACGGACAUGAAUACGCUCGAGAAUAUCCCUCGUCUUCAAGCCUGUGUCAAGGAAGGUAUUCGAUGGGCUGGCGCUGCAGCGGCCAUGCUUCCCAGGAUCGUACCUCCCGGAGGUAUUGAGCUCCAUGAUACGUUUAUCCCAGAAGGAACUGUUCUCACCUCUUCACCCAUCUGGUACCUACAUGACGAGAACGCAUUUCCAAACCCCAAGCUGUACGAUCCAUAUCGGUGGUUAUCAAAAGAUGGAAAUGACCUGACUGCUGAUCCCCUCCGCGAUCGCUAUUACAUACCGUUUUCACGAGGAGCGAAUUUAUGCUUGGGAGCUCAGUAA